UCGAAUUAAUUGCCGGACGGCGCACCACUAUCGUGGUGGACGGGCCGCGCGCGGACGCUUCCGCUACCACAGUUUAAAAUUAAAAAAUAAUAAAAAGCGCGCCAACUCUACUGUCAGUGUCAAACUUACCGCCUAAAUUUAAAUUUUAUUUUUUUAUUUACAAUUUUUUUUUUGCUUGUUGUGGUGGAACGUUAUUUUCGAAAACAGUGAUGUCGAACCCGAAUUUAUGAGAAGCAAAAAUAGUGGGCUAUCAAACAAAGGUCAAAUAUGCGUUCGUAUAUAAUUAGGAAAAUAAUGAUAAGCGAUCGCGGUCGAGUGCAAAUGUCGUCGCUAUCGUACGCGCGCUCCGCACGGCUAUGGAGACGUCAAAGCUUAGUUUCGCGGAAUCCCGCGUGUUGAUUCAUACACCGGUUAUCGUGCAGCGGCGGCAAAAUGUGUGAACUAGCAAGUUGGAUUCCGAACGCAGUCGCGGCCACACUGCGCUCCGAGACAGCGCAGCCGAUUAUCGAAUGGCUCACGACAAUACGGCUGGCGAUCGAGGAGUACGACCCGCUCGUCACCGUCAUCGCGCCAGAACCCGAGCCCGACACAGCUGACAACAAGUUCGACGAGAUCCUCUCCGAGCUCGGCAAGGAGAUCUACAAGCUCGACGAGUACCAGCGCCAUCUGACGCCGGCCGAGAAAGAAGUGUCGCUCAGCAUUCUCAACAUAUUCGACGAGUGUUUGGAUCACAUGACUGAACAAAAACAAACAAAAAACAGUGACAGUGAAUGUGAAUCAACCCUAUCGGACGUCUCAUUCGUGACGAGCACUCCGUCUAGUGUAAAAGUGAACAACGACGUAAACACAAUAUUUGACAAGGGUGACGGCACGCCGAUAGCGCCGCGGCGGGCGCGUUUAAAAUCCAUGUGUGACAAUUCAAUCUCUGAUAUGGAGUCGAAUAACCAGGAGAGCGACUCGUCGAGUGACUCAGAGAGCACGUGUUGGAGCUACAAGGAGUGCAGUACGGACGAUAAUGAAGUCAACCCUUACGCCGAAGUGUGGGCCCACUCGACCGGCUUUCACAAUUCCGAUGAAAUAUUACGGCGCGUAUUAUCGCAGCACCACGCCACGAUAUCGCGUCUUUCGUUUGACACGGCGAGCGACUUUAUACCUGCUCGGUAUUCAGUGUACGCGUUGGACGAGGUGGGAGAAUGUAAGGACAGGUGUGUUGACAGUGGCUCAGUAGCAAUGACGCCGGACAAGCCGACGGACGACGGCUACGAGCCCGUGCGGGACGCGAUCACCGACGAGAAUAUAUACGAGGAGAUAGAGUACGGAUAUAGUUAUACGGACGAGGGAUGUUCCUGCGGUGGUAGUGUUGAAGUGGAAAGUUGUUCGAUCAGUGCUAGUUCGGAUGGUGUGGGCAGAGACAGUCCCCUGUACGCCAACCUGCGGGAUCACGACGCGUACGCGAUCCCCCCGGAUGUUAUUUAUUGGAAGAACUUACUACUGGAUCCGUUCUUUAAUGACGACGAGGAAGACGAAUGGAUAACGCCAGAAGAAUGUGCGGUGUACAGCAGAGACCAGAGGCCGCCCCUGGUCAUCCCUCGCAUCACGCAGUACCGGAACCCGAGACCGAGGCCACAGCCCUUCGGCCAAGGAUACCAUGAGGAAGACAUUCCAGAGCAGGGGUCACUUCGAGGCCGAGGAUAUGAGGCUCUCAACAACUGGAGUCCGACCUCGGAGCGGAGUCGACCAGACCUGGACGCCAUGUACAGCAAAUCCAGUUCUGACAGUCCACCUUUCGUCAGAAUCAAUAAGAGAUUGGGAGGCUCUACAGAAAAUCUCCUGACAAAUGCCAGAAGACCGAGCCAUCUGCUCCUCCCGGCUUCCUCGUCUGGAGACAGCCUGGACGUGGAAAUACGGGAGAGAGAACCACACGCCAGGAAUAGAAAGUCCAGGUCCAUGGUCGCUCCGAAGAAUCGGUUACAGUCACCCAUUCCUGCACCUAGGCAUACACUUCAACAAGACGUGAUUUUAGAGGGUCCAGUCAAACGAACCAAGUUCCUGGAAGGUACGAAGAAGACCAAGAAGAACUGGAUAGACUGCUACAUGGUCCUCACACCUACUGCUCUAGUCUUCUACAAAGACCAGAGGACGUAUUACUCUUUUAAGGUAUCUCGACCAUCAGGCACGCCACCGAGCCCGUCCACGCCUCAAGCGGAGCUCGUGCUAGCCUUACUCAACGCUCAUGCUACGCAGUGUAUUCAAAAACACACGAAAAGGUACGCACGAUCGAUCCUGCUCAUCGUGGGCUACGACCAGUACCUGAUCCAAGACGAGACUGAGGACGGUGCCAGGAAGUGGUUCGCGCAUAUUCGAGGCGUUAUUUUUGACCUGUACCAGCGCAGUCUACCAGGAGAUUCGCCCCCUCCAACAUUCACGCAUAGCAACGCAGACGCCGACAGCCUAGGCAGGACUCCCCCCACCGCCCGACACGCCAUCAGGAACAAACACAAAGCUGGAGGCAGUAGCAAUGAAGAUUCGAGCGACUCAACUGAAGUUUCUAUUCAGAAAUCGCAAGUGAGGAGUAAAUUAAGAAAGUUCUUCGCGAAAAGACCACCCGUGGACCAACUAAUGAGGAAGGGAAUCUAUAAAGAUGAGCCAGUUUUCGGUCGGAAUCUGGAGGAGGUAUGUCCGACUACGAGUCCUAGAGUACCAGAGUUCGUGGUGGCGUGCGUGAAAGAGAUAGAGAGGCCUGACAACAUGUGUACCGAUGGACUAUACCGUGCCAGCGGCAAUUUGAGCCAGGUGCAGAAGAUACGAUUAGAGGUGGACCAGAAUAAGAUGUCGGUGAUACAGAACAACACGGACAUCCACGUGCUCACCGGCUCUCUGAAGCUGUUCUUCCGAGAGCUGAAGGAGCCACUCAUACCCUGCUCCAUGUUCGACAGGGUCCUCGCUGCAUGCUCAAUAAAACCAAAAGAAGCCAGAAUCAAGGAGUUCCAAGAGAUAGUGAAGGCGUUACCCCCCUGCAACAGGGACACACUCAAGUUCUUACUAGAACAUCUGAUAAAAGUAACCGAAUACAAGGAACAGAACAGAAUGCACACAGCGAACCUAGCAAUUGUCUUCGGGCCCACUCUGCUGUGGGCCCCACCAGAACAGGCCCACAACAUCGCCGUCGACUGCAUCCAACAAAACAACGUCGUCGACAUCCUACUAACAGACUUCAAGGAAAUAUUCGUAGAUAAUGGAAGUAAAGGGAAAAAGAAAGCGUGAGCGAAACUCUACGGGUAGUGUUGCCAGCCCCUAAAUUGGUUAUCCUACCAAAAUAAGUUGCCAGAUGCGAAAAAUCCAGUCUAAACAGUAGUAUUUACUUGCGUUUCUAAAGCGAAAUCUGUAAGUACUUUUGAAUAAAGCGACGUUUUUUCGAUCGUUUCUGGACUUAUUCUGGGGAAGUUGUCAUGUUAAGAUGGUGGAUGGUCUUAAUAAGACAAUGACCAAUCAUUCCAAAGGGUUUUUUUGGUGAAAACGCUAGCUAGUGUUAUGUGGAUCGAUAGUGCUAUACAUAGUGAAAGGACCUAUUUUGUGUAUAUAGAAGAUUGUAUGAUAACUACAAAAUAUUGAAACCUUAGAGUUAUUCGGUAUGAUCUCUGUUCCUUACAAAAACUUUAUUUAAUAAUGAACAGUCUGACAACCAGUUUGAAUAACGAAGGACGCCAUAUUUGAAAAUAGGCAUACGAAUUAUUUAUUUUCAUGGUAGUCAGAUUUAAAGAAAAUUGUGUUUCAAUUAAAUUAAAAUAAUCGAAAAUUAUAUUUCUUCUGAUUGAGAGUUGUGAUUGUGAAGCAAUAUGGUACGGAAAGACUGUCCGAGGCUAGAGAUAAAAUAAUAUAUUCAAAUAAUUAUUUACUUUGUAGAUAAAAAAAAAUAUAAAAAUGAAAAAAAAUCCUUCUAUCUGUAUAUAUUUGUGGCAUCGCACAUUGACGCUGGAUCGACUUGUAACUGUAGUAGAUCUGGUGGGAAAAAAAUAAAUUGCGAAAUGGUUCCAAACUCCUUGCAUUUUCAAUAUACGGACAAUGACACUACUUAUAGCCGAUAAUAGGGUGUCGUGAACAAUUUAUUUUAGAAAAAUAUCAUAAUCUUACUAAUUUUGAAUAAAUUAACAUCUAAAAACUGUAUAAACUAUAUAUUACUACUUAAUUUACAGUCUUAGUAUGAGUUUGCUUUAAAGUAAAGUAAUCCAAACGAGAGCGUGUUCGGCGCUCUGAUUGGCCGGCUCGAAUAAACCAACCAAUCAGUACCCUUAGUACGAGUUUGUCUACCUUUAACGAGAUCGAAACGAGAGCGCGUUCGGCGCUCUGAUUGGUUGGUUCAUUCGCGCCAGCCAAUCAGAGCGCCGAACGCGCUCUCGUUUCGUUUUCGUUCAACGUAAAGCAAACUCAUACUAAGCCUUCUUUAAACUACUCAACAACUGGGCAAAAGACCGCUUUUCAUACGAAAAAAAAACGUAAAAUAAAUUGUAAACGACACUGGAAUGAAGCUUUAGUAGUGUAUUGACCAUAAAUAGCAUUUUCUUAUUAAAUUCUAUUCUAUUAACUAUAGAUCUUAAAAUAUCUAGAAAGAUCGAGUGAGGGAGUGAGAACUAUAAAGUAAAUAGAUCGUAGUAAAUGAUACGUGUGAUGUAGGGAUUAUAGUUUUAAAAUCUUUAUCAACAGCAUUAUUUUGGGGCCAAUUAUGUAUAUAUUAUGAGUCCUAGAGUAUUUGGAGCGAGCGGAUACAGUAAGGGACUGAAUACUUAAAGAAAUAGUACAUCUUUUCGCCCCAAAUCUACUAAUUAUACUAAAAAAAGAAUGUUUUCUCGUGUAAAACGUCGUUUUGGACGUAAAUUGAUAAUUGUAGUUUCAUUUAAAACUGUAAUAGUAUUCGAAAACUUAAAACUUAGUGCCAAAUUAUCGAUUUAUUUGAAUUUCUGGUCUCCCAUUGUCGCCGCUCGCGCCAUCUCUCGUAAACAUGUAGCGGCUUUAAGCCAAUAUUUAUAAUUUGUGCCUUAAGCUGUGUAAAUAGUCAUCAUAGAUGAUUUUGGUUUGUAAUGUGAUAAUCAGUUUGUUGUUGUAUCUUAGCUUAAUUUCGUUGUAUUAACUAUUUAAGUAUAAAACAAUGCUUGCAAACGUGACAGUCUAGUCCUAUACAGAUAAAUUUGGACUUUAAUUCAGUAAAAGCUUUGCUUCCAUUUACUUGUUCGAAGCCUUUUCACGUAAGGUUCAUUUUUGCAUACAUCGUUCGUAAAAAUAUCUGUACCUAUUAGUCUAAACGUUUUGUCUGUACGUAAUUUGUAUUUUUUAAUCGAUUUCGUUUGUAUUUGCACUGUAAAUAUUAGAUGGAAAUGUUCAGAAUGGAUUCUUGUAUUUCUUUAUAGUGAUUAUUUAAAAUAUUUCAGCUUUGAUGAUUGUAUAAAUUCGUUAGUUAUACAGACAAAAUCUAGAACAAUACUCAAGGUAGAAACACCAAUAUAAAAUAUUGUAAAUUGUCUAAAUAAGCUAGUAACCAAAGUUUUUGUACUCGGCUGGUAGAGUAAAAGAAAUAAAUAUAUUGUUGUGUAGUUAUUACUUUAUGUAUGUUACGCCAAUAAUGCUUGGACAUAGAUAAUGAAGUUACAUGAAAUAAAAUCAGAUUAUUUUAAAAUUA